GGCUCCAACAAGGAAAUAAAAGUGAGUGAGGGUGAGCCACUGGUCAGAGAAGAUCUGGGCGACUCAACCUUUGAAGAGACUUUACAGGCUACUGAACUAUCUAUUACUUACAAAUGGCAAACUUCGGCUUCGUAGCCAUGGGGCUCAUGCUGCUCCUCCUAUUGGAGACACAAGCUCAGAGCCACAAGAAGAGACUCUCGCCGCAGAAGCCGGUAAAAGCCCAGUGUUGCGAUGAGGUCCGCUCACUCAAGGUUCAGGUGGCCAAUCUGACCAGCCUCCUUGAGGAACUGAGUCGCAGGCAGGAGGCAGAUCUGAUGAACGUUGUGAGGCAAAUAAUGGAGCUGGACAAGCAGAACCGGCAGCAAGAAGCCCGGGUCACCGAGGCCGAGAGCAAGUACUCAGAGAUUAACAACCGUGUGGAGAUCAUGCAGCUUCAAACCCUGCAGUCCGCUACUCAGACUUCAUCAGAUGCGAUAUAUGACUGCGCAUCACUCUACAGCAAGAGCUACAAGAUCUCUGGGGAGUACAAACUUCCUAAAGACGAGUUCUUGGGAACCCCAGAACAAAGCGUGUUCUGUGAUAUGGAGACAAAUGGCGGCGGCUGGACUGUGAUUCAAAGGCGUAAAAUUGGUCUGACGUCAUUUAACCGUGACUGGAAGCAGUACAAGUCUGGAUUUGGAUCCAUCCGUGGAGACUUCUGGCUGGGAAACGACAACAUCUUCCGACUAACAAGGCGGCCCAGUGUGCUCAGGAUUGAGCUGGAGGACUGGGCAGGAGAGACCCGCUACGCCGAGUAUGGCUUUUUCACUGUCAGUAAUGAGCUCAACAGCUACAAGCUCCUGCUCGCCAACUACAGUGGAAACGCUGGAGACUCUCUCAGGUACCACAACAACACCAACUUCAGCACCAUGAACAAAGACAACGACAAGUGUGUGGAUAACUGCGCCUCCCUUCGCAAAGGUGGCUACUGGUACAACUGUUGCACCGACUCAAACCUGAAUGGCGUAUUCUACCGCUACGGAGAGCACAUGAAGAACACAGAUGGGAUCACUUGGUACGGAUGGCAUGGGCCCAAUUACUCCCUCAAGAAAGUGGAGAUGAAGGUUAGGCCAGUGGGGUUUCAACCAUAAGUGCAUCAGAUGUGUCUCCUGGCUAUAGAUCCCUCACGUGAGCGGACAGAGGAUGCGCUAUCGCCUGCUAGACUGAAUUGUGGUUUUUCACUCGACUGCGGAAAGAAUGGAAAUGUUGUUUUUGUAAUGCUCUGGUUUCCUCUCUGAUGAAUGUGGAGAUUUUACCGUCUGAUUGUAAAUUGUAUUUAAAUGCAAGUGGAUGCUGAUUCUUUCACAGAACUUGAAAGCACUCGUGUGGGUUUUUAACUCCAAAAGACAGAAGCAUCUAUUUCAGGACUGUUAAAAACAUAUUUAAAGGAAAUGUCAGGAAAUGCUGGGUUGGGACCAAAGACAUGUGAAUCAUCCAUCAAUGUAUUAUUUCAUUCAUUUAUUCAUUUUGUAAAGCUUAUCCUGAACCUGUGUGGCCCGCGGGGGGUUUGUAGCCGAUCCCAACUGAUAUUGCUGCAGUUAAACACUAACCAUUGAUGACUGAACUUGUAAAAUGUGUACAGCUCUGUAAUUAAGUUUUGUGACAGAAAAUAAAGAUAUUUUUAAAACAA